CGCGAGUAGAAAAUGGAGCCGCGCUGUGGCGGGGCAGGACUAUGUUUCCCAGCAGGCUCAGCGGCGAGAGAAGGCUGAAGGUUUGGAAACAAAACAGCAGAAGUUUAACAUGCGAGAUGAGCAGGGUUGAGUUUUGCAAGUAUUAAGACCAACAGAAAAGUCACACUUCAGACUGUCAUCCAAUAGGUGCUGUCUGUGAGAGAUAUCUGCUUUUGUCAACAAGUGGUGUGGAAUUGAUGGAACUGUAACAUCUGGGUCACUGAGUCAGUCUCUCUGCUGCUUUCCAGGAAGAACUGACCUAACCCAGGCCUUUUGUUCUUUAAAAAGUAUUGUAAUAGAAGAACAAGGAUUAAGCCCUGCUUAAGAAGAAAGGUAUUUCACUGGAUGCAGCUGCUCAUCUCUUUGCCCUGGGACUGUCAGUCUCACUGCCUCACAUGUGUUUUCUGGCUGCUGCCAUUCACAUCUGCUGCGCUUUGUGAGCUCAAACAGCACUGCAUGAAGGGUGCCCUGCGAAUUCUGACUACAACCAGUGACUGCGCUGCAAGGCCAGGGUAGAAGAAAAUUCAGAUACAACAUGGAUCAAGGAACUCCAGAAUCCCACCAUGAUUUCUAGAGAUGUACCUCAGCAGCUGGAAACAUCAGACAGACACCAAUCUGUCCUCUGGCUGAGCUCAUACACUCUCUCGGGAGAUGGUGACUGCGGUUUACUACAGAGCUCUAAGAAGCUCAGCCCACUGCAGUGGAUUUAACUCAUCUUCCCCUAUGGUUGGUAGUUUGUCUUCACAGCCUUUUUCCCCCCCUUAUCUUCUCAGGAUCAGUUUCCUUACCAGUUUUCUGGGCUAGGAUCAUUCUAAAGGGCCACAGAUACCAGCAACAUGUUUCUGUGAACACAUGCCAGAGAAACACAUGUUAUUUAGUAUUGAUUUGGGCUCUCUGACUGUACAGAACAAAGCACACAACGGAGUUAAUGACAACUCCUAACAAGAUGUGCUGAACAGUGAAGACGUCUAAACCAGCUUGCUAUGGAAACUGAAAUAAGGGGCUUUUGAAGCUUCUUGUGAAACGUACCAAGCAAACAUUUACAAGGUCCUUUCAGCUUCAUCCUCCAAGAUGCAAAACAGUAGGAUAGGUUUCUUAUUUGAUCAAGAAGUUAGGAUUGUUCAAUGAGAAGUAUUAUGGAAAGCAACUGCAUGUUAAGGAGAGAAACCAUUUGUCUGUGGUAGGGCUCUGUAUCUGAUACGGUGUGACUAAGUGAGGUACAGGCGGACUGUAUGAAGAGAGAAAUUACUAUGAUAAUUAAAAAAAUCAUAGAAUACCCUGAGUUGCAAGGAAUGUACAGGGAUCACCAAAUCCAACCCCUGGCUCCAUAUAGGGCCACCCCGCAAUCAGACCACGUGUGUGAGAGAGGUGCCCAUACACCCUUUGAAUUCCAGCAGCUCAAGGCUGUGCCCACAGCCCUGGCCAUUCUGUUCCCUACCCACCGCCCUCUGGUACAGAACCUUCUAACUCCCAGCUGCCCCCCCUCUGACAGCUCUGUGCCGUUCCCUCGGGAAAGCUGAAUGCUGUUGUUAAAUACGAGAAACACCCACGAAAGCCGUCCCCGACAGAUUCAACAGGACAUGACGUCUGUGAGGCAGGCAGCUCACCAGAGCCAGUGCCCAGCGUGUUCAUCCUGGCGGGCCCUUCAGCACGCUCCAGCAGGCAGCACCGCGGGCUGCAGCAGGUACAGCUGCGGGCCCACCGUGUACGACCACGCGCACCUCGGGCACGCCUGCUCCUAUGUUAGGUUUGAUAUAAUCCGAAGGAUACUGACUCGUUUUUUUGAAACUGAAGUUAUCAUGGUGAUGGGGAUUACAGACAUAGAUGACAAGAUCAUAAAAAGAGCCAAUGAGAUGAAUAUAUCGCCAGUAGCUCUUGCUCGUAUGUAUGAAGAAGACUUUAAACAAGAUAUGGCAUCAUUAAAGGUCCUUCCUCCGACAGUAUAUAUGAGAGUGACUGAAAACAUUCCUCAGAUAAUUUCCUUCAUAAAGACAAUAAUUGCUAACGGACAGGCUUAUGCAACUUCACAAGGCAAUGUUUAUUUUGAUGUCAAGUCUUGGGGAGAAAGGUAUGGAGUAUUAACUGCUCUUUCUGCUGAUACACAAAGUGAAGCAGUUGAUACAGAUAAGCGGCACGGUAGAGAUUUUGCCCUGUGGAAAGCUGCCAAACCUCAAGAGUUAUCCUGGAGUUCUCCUUGGGGAAAGGGAAGACCUGGGUGGCACAUUGAAUGCUCCACGAUAUCAAGUGCAGUGUUUGGAAAGCAGCUGGACAUCCAUACCGGUGGCAUAGAUCUCGCAUUUCCUCAUCAUGAAAAUGAAAUUGCGCAGUGCGAGGUGUAUCAUCAGUGUGAGCAGUGGGGGAAUUAUUUUUUGCAUUCUGGGCAUUUACACGUUAAAGGAAGUCAAGAAAAAAUGUCUAAGUCGUUAAAAAACUACAUAACAAUCAAGGAAUUUCUGAAGAAAUUCUCCUCAGAUCAGUUCAGGAUGUUCUGUUUGCGCAGCAGAUACAGCUCAGCUGUAGAAUUUAGCGAUGAGACCAUGAAUGAUGCCAAGAACAUUCUCCAGGCAAUCUCCUCGUUUAUUAGAGACGCAAAUGCUUAUAUAAAAGGACAGCUGGUGUGCGACCCUGUUAGAGAAGAUGUACUGUGGGAAAGGCUGGCCAGCACAAAGGUAAACGUGAAGGCUGCGUUUGCAGAUGACUUUGACACCUCCAGGGCUGUUGCAGCAAUUAUGGACCUCAUUCACCAUGGCAACAGACAGCUUAAGGCUGUUACUAAGGAUGUUGGAUCUCCCAGAAGCUCGGUUGUGUACGGGAGCAUUACUUCCUAUAUAGAAAGCUUCUUUAAUGCCCUCGGGAUGUCCUUUGAAGAAAGGCAGGUCGCAGUGGGAAGGAGAAAUACAGCUCUGCUCUCCAAUGUGAUGGAUGAGCUCGUGAGCUUCCGCACAAAGGUUCGUAACUACGCUCUUGUGCUGCCGGAAGCCACAGAGACUGUGCGAAUGGAGGAAGGUGCCGUGGGAGCAAAAGGACCAAAACAAGAACAGAAAGAGAAGAGACGGCAGUUGAUGCAGGAGAGAAAACCCCUCCUGGAGGCCUGCGACAGCCUGCGUGGGGACCUGGCUGCCUUUGGAAUCCACAUCAAGGUAAAAGACAGCUGCUCCCCGCGUGAGGUGGGCCUUGGUUUGUCAGGCAGCAUCCGGUUGUGCCCUUUCACAGCUCCCAUCGCUGUGCUACAGCAGCAGUAGCAGGAGGCAGCUAAUGGCCUGUCCUGAUCCUCUGCCUUGUGUCCCCGUGCAAGCUGUAGCUCCUUCUGCAGCUGCCAAGGGAGUGCUGUUCUGCCGCUGAAAAUCCCAUUGUGUUCAGAAAUCCUGAAAUUGUCCCAGUUCAAUACAGCAGAAGGGCUGGGAGCGAUGUGUGCUGUUUUAAAAAGACUGAAGAGGAACAGGAAAGUAAACUGAGGUGGCUGGCGGAAAUACUGCCUUCCCUCUACCUACACACCCAUAUCAAAAGGGUAGGUCCUCACUGGAGGGUCUGUUCCUCGCUCUUGAGUUGUACAUACUCUCCCUGGUUCCUGUACCACUUCUCUCUCCAUGGUGCAUUCUGUUCUUAGUCUGUUCCUAAUACCAAUCUUCUCCUUUUGCAUUACCCUGACUGUGCUCAAGAGAAGUCCCCUCGUGGGGUUGCUACCUCCUCCUGGUUUCAAGAUGCUGCAUUGCUGCUUCAGGGGGUGCCGCUGCUUCCAGCUCUGUUCUCACCUCAGCUUCAGGCUUUUUAUAUGCAGAAUCGUGCCUGCUUUGCUCCUUGCACAUGAGCCGUGCUCAGUGUCCUUGCGUUGUUUUACCUCUGGGCAGGUACAAAGCAGGAUCACGUCAGGGGGUGACCACAGGCAUCCCUGGUAAUUGCUGAGCGUGAAAGGUGAUGUCAGUGCUGCCAUUAAAAGCAGGCGGGAGCUGUGGUCAGCUCAGGGUCUCAGAUGGAAGCCAGUGUGCUGCUAAGUGCUGGGCUGAGGGACAGAGCAUCCCGGUGCUGAACUGCAGCUGUGAAAGCAGAGGGAGCCGUGGGAAGCUGGAAUAUUUGCUUCCCUGUACGUACACAACUGCCUUCUGCUGAACCUCCAUUCUGUAGGGCUCUUCCGAGACUGCUGGAGGUGCAGCACAAGGGGUUCCUCUGUGUGCUGAGACUGACCCAGCACCCCCUGAGGGGUUUGGGCAGGCAGGGAGGGCUCAGCUGCUGCAGGCUGUAGUAGCAGCUCAGGGGGUGCUUAUAAGUGAAUUCAGUGAAAGUCAGAUUGGAAGAAAUCGCCCUUUCUUCAACUGAUUGAGUUUAUGACUUCUGCAUGCUGUCUUUCAUGUCGCUCAGUGCACGUGAGGUUUGUCUGAAUUACAGAGCUUCAAGCAACCAGAUGGAAAUAUCCAUCAACCUACUGCUACCAAGGGCGUUCCUGGGGGAUGGCAUCACCACCUCUGUUCCCUGUUUGAUUAAUGGCUUUGCUGCACAAGGGCGAUGUAGUAAAAUAAAUAAGGAAAUAAAUGUGAACCCUCUCAGAACUGCACAUGGUGCAUUGUGUGGCACCCAGACCGAGUGUGAGGCAGAUACAGACCCUUUGUGAUCCCAGCUGCUAGGCCUGACCCACUGCUUGUUG